AUGGAUACUCCAGUGGUUUGUCGUCCGUAUACAAAAGCAUUAGUUAAACCAGGAAUCGAUGCUCAAAAGUACAAUCCAGAAUUGAAAUGGACCGAGACAACUCCAGAUCCUAACAUCAGGCAUUUGAGUGAUAAGCUGAGAUUUAUGAGACAGGUUGUUUUGGGACGUUAUAAAAGUGACAGGUGGGAUCUUGUAGCCGAUUCCUUAACAGUGCAGAGUGGAUCCGGCGGAAGUGGUGAUGGUGUAGAUGAUGAUGAAGAUGAUGGUGCAGUAGAUGAAGAAGGUUCUGGUUCAGGAGAUGGUAGAGUCUAUGACCUGCCAAAGAUCCCUUCAAUUCCGUCAACAACUCAGAUCAAUGGCAAUAAGAUAGGCAAAACUGACAAGCCCAAAGGAUCAGCAUUUGCUAUUUCUUAUUCCCUUCCAACUCUUGUAUUGUUAACGUUAUCUACACGAUUGUUAAUGUAA